UAUUGUGUAAAUUUGACGUUCAGUCUCCGGAUUACGCAUCUCACCGACAAUAUCUAAUUUUAAAAAUGAGUAACUACUCGGAAUUUUUAAAAAAAGUGUUUAGUGAUAUUGGUCAGCGUUCGGCCUAUUCGCAAAUGUUAAUUGGAGUGACUUCAGGAUGGGCCACAGGAUUCACAACAAUGAAGGUUGGCAAAUUUGCAGCUUUUGCUGUCGGCGGCAGCAUUAUUUUACUUGAAAUUGCGCACCAAGAAGGACUUAUUAAAAUAAAUUGGACAAAGUUGGAUAAGACCGUUGAUAAGCUGGCCGACAAAGUGGAAUCUUCUUUAGGCCGUGAGAAAAACUGGAAAGAUAAGACCGAAAGAUAUGUCGACAACCAACUGGAUAGGGCGGAAAGCUUGUUAACCAGAAACAGCAAGAAAGUGUCCAAGUGGUAUACCAAGCUAAUUGGCGACGAACAGGGCCCGAAAGUAAACGAUCUGCACAUAUUUUUGGCAUCAUUUUUCGGGGGCGUGGCCCUUGGAAUUGCAACUGGAUAAUUUAAUUGUCAAUGGCACAAAAACAUUUAAAUACCAUAUGGUUAUUACGAACAAAUCUCACUAAAUAAAGUUACAAAAAAAAAAUAAUAUAAAGGAA